AAAAAUGGGGAAAGAUGUCUGCUGCAAUAGAGAACUUUGAAAAGAGUUUAACUUUGAAGAGAAAUCAGUCAGAUGUCAACGAGUUGGCGAUAUCCAUCACUAUCACAAAUCUUGCAUUCUGUUAUCAAACGAGUGGACAACUAGACCGAGCUCUCGUGUUGUAUGAAGAAGCGUUCACAAUCAGAACAAAAGUCUUACCGUCUUUUCAUCCGUCAUUAGCUUUGGUAAUGAGACGUCUUUCUUCCUGCUACCUUCAGCAAGGACGGGUGGAUCGUGCGAUGCUGUUGGCCAUGGAUGCUUUAGAUGUAGCGUCAUCAUCGUUGCCCAGCAAACAUCCCGACUUGGGAUGGUAUUUGAACUCAGCUGCUUCAUGUCAUCGCAAUUCAAGAUCGUUUGAUGAAGCUAUUCGAUUGUAUAAAAGAGCGGCAGAUAUUUUCAGUCAUCACCUGCGUACAGAGGCCGCCUCACUAUCUGUCGUGAAUCAUAACCUCGCUGUGCUGUAUAAUAAAUUUGGACAAAAUGACAAAGCGGUGGAACUCAUAACAGAAAGUAUAAAAAUCCAGAAAGAAACCCUACCUGAAAACCAUCCGAGCAUUGCUCAUUGUUAGUAUUUGUUACUGUUGGUUUAAAUUAAGUCUUGUUUUGUUUGUUAUCGAUAUAGCGUGAUGAUGUGUAUUUGUGU